GUCAUGCUUAUGCUAUGGUUAUGGCUGAUAUCAUUGUCCGCUAUAAAAAAAGUCAGGGCUAUGCGGUCCAUUUUCAAACUGGUAGUGAUGACCAUGGAGAAAAGAUUGAAAAAAAAGCCGCUUCAUUGAACUCGACUCCUCAACAGUUACAUGUUUUCUACCGUACCUCUUCCCUUGAACACAAAGAAAAAGUUCAAAAAAUUUUUACUGAAUUAUUAGAAAAAGGUGAUAUUUAUUUAGAUGAAUAUCAAGGAAAAUAUUGCGUCUCUUGUGAAGAUUAUGUUAGCGAUAGUAAAGUUGUCGAUAAUAAUUUUUGUCCGGCUCCUAAUUGCCAAUCCGAGUUACGAAGAAUUAAUGAACCAGCCUAUUUUUUUAAAGUUAAAAAAGGAAAAAUUGAUAACGCUAAGGAGGUUUCUUGCGUGGCUAUACAGAACAAAGAUAAUGAAUUUCUUUUGGUUUACAACAAAAAGCACCGUAAAUGGCAAAUACCAGGUGGCAAAUUAGAGUUAGGCGAAACUCCCUUGCAGGCUGCCAAAAGAGAAAUUUUUGAAGAAACUAAUUUAAUAGUUGAUAAUUUAGAAAAAAUUGUAAAAGAACCAGAUACCAUUAGAGAAGCAAAAUUUUUCAAAGUGAGUGAAAUAGAGGAAAUGAAUUCUCAAGUUAAUGAUGAGGUAACUGAAUUUUUGCUAGAAAGAUUAAACACUGGUGAAAUAGUUCAUUUAAUUGGGAAAGAAAUAGUUCGUUUUCAUGCUAUUUAUUGGCCUAUCAUUCUUUUUGCUUUGAAUAAGCGCUUGCCAAAUAGGAUUUUGGCUCAUGGAUGGUUAGUUGAUUCCAAAGGGAGAAAAGAAAGCAAAAGCAUUGGCAAUAUUACUGACCCCUUUGAAUUGUUAAAAAAGUAUCCUCCCGAUUUGUUAAGAAUCUAUUUUAUGGCAAAAAUUAGUUUUUUGCAAGAUGGAGUUUGCUCUGAGGAGUUGCUAAAAGGCUUUUAUCGUGAUUUUUUAGUUAAUAAUUUGAGCAAUCUAGUUUCUCGAACCAAUAAAAUGCUCCAUUUAUACUGCGAAGGAUUUAUUCCAGAGUUCAAAGAGACAAAAAAAAGCGAAAAAAUAGCAACUUAUUAUCUAAAAUGUAGUUUAGCAUUAGAAAGUUUUAGAAGAAAAAUGGAUGAAUAUGAUUUAACCAGUGCUUUUUUACAAAUCGAGCAAUUAGUUAAUGAAAGUAAUAAAUUAAUCUCUGAUUUAGUCCCCUGA